AUGCCAGAGCCGGACCUCCACCCACUCUAUCCUGUGCCGUCUGAAGUAGCACGUCUGCUAGCCGCCGGUACUGGUUUAAGCCCUGAACAGAAGUCCACGCUCAUUCAGCAUUGCAUGACGCGUGCGUGCGUCUUUGGCGACUUAACCUUCUUUCAAUAUAUCCUACACGACCGGCAAGCACACCCAUUCUUAGACCUUAAUCACCAAGAUGAAGAUGGUAUGGUCUAUGUCAGCGUAAUUAUAGAAGGUUUUGGAUCGGAAUCGGAGAGAGAUGUCGAGCGUGAAGAAUGUGUCCGUUUGCUCAUAGCUGAAGGGGCAGACGUGAAUAUUCCUGAUAAAGCGGGUUGGACACCACUUCACCAUGCUGCUUUACUGGCUCCGCCAACUCUGAUAUCCUACUUGCUCACGCACGGAUGCUCUCCAUUUGCGACCACUUCACGAGGUAUUACUGCACUGGACAUAGUGACCGCGUAUGCCGUUAUUCCAGGGCGAGAAGAUGUUGCUUUGUUCCUCGAGGAAGCCAUGAAAGGAGAAGGGUGGCAGGGUAGCCAACUGAACAUCAAACGGCACUCAUUCGACAAAAGGUUGAAAGAGUACGAAAAGCGGCACUCGGAGCGACAAGCGAUUGCAAAAAUCUUGGAUCUGAGUGUCAACGAAUACUGGUGGAGGGAUAGCAGCAUAUUGCAGCACCUUCCAGAAGCCUAUUCUGACGACGAAGACGACGGUGACGAAGAGGAUAGAGAGCUUUAUACCCCUCCUCCGGAUUAUUCAUCUAUGCUAGUUUUUUCGCCGGCAUCGUUACCUGGAAUACUGGAUUCCUUAAUAAUAAAUUUCCGACCUUCAAUGCGUAAUUCAAUACCCGCAAAUUCAUUAUAUAUGCUGGCUCGGUUUGCUUGCCUUACAUGUGACCAUACAUGGUUUGAAGAACUCAUAAUGGGUGCGACAGACGCCAUCGAGGAUGCUGCAUUCAAUCACCCUGAUGACCUCACAUAUACGAUCUUUUGGCUGUACAACUGCACCACUUGGCUUCAUCUCAUGGGAUGCGAUUCAACUACUAACGAAACUUGCGAACUCCUCGGUUCCUUCGAUCUAAUAGAAGAGGUCAUCAACACUGUUUACGUUCUUAUUAUUCGCGUCGCAGAACGUCGUAUAGACACGCUUAUUGAUACCGCGUUGUUGGACUACUCUCCUGCAGAGGCGGAGCUGGAUCAGAUACAGUUCGAGUCGGAGUGGUCCCUAUUCCGGUCCCCAUUUACGAGCAAGAAGAGAAUACCCUCUCAGACAGUCACACCUUCUUCGACGUCGGCCUCUUUAAAUGCUGCACGCCCAACGUCUCCCGCGUCAGGUACAUCACGGACGACGUCUCCGAUACCACAAUACUCUAGCUUCUUGCCACUAACUCCGAAGGGCCUUUCUUUAGGUGGCACAAUGACUCGUGCACGGGUGGCUUCUACAGCUUCUUUGCAAUCGUUUCUUACUGAAGGACCUCCCCCGUCGCAUACACCGCAAGAGUUGACCAUGUACUUGUCUGCAUUGCAUUCGUUACUUCUGGAUUCUGGAAUCAAUCCCGCGAUCAUUACUCAAUUGUGGUCGCAGAUCAUGUACUGGACAUCAUGCGAGGCGUUCAAUAGGAUCUUAACGCGGAAGCGUUACCUUUGUCGGUCUCGUGCAUUACAAAUUGGCAUGAACUUAAGUAUCGUGGAGGAAUGGCUAUCGGAUGUUGGCUUGCCCCGUAGCGUUGCAUCUCAUUUCAAUCCAGUCCGGGAAUUGCUCCUUUGGCUGCAGUGUUUGUCAUCGAUGGAUGACUUCUCAAACCUUAUUGCGACGAUACAAACCCUGAAGAAUUUGAACCCGUUGCAAAUGCGUCGGGCGGUCCGUGAUUACAAGUACGAAGUGAACGAGUUACGGAUGAGCGACGAUUGCAGUCAAUACUUGGUGCAACUGCAGAAGGACUGGGAACGGCAACGGGUGAAGCUUGGGGUCGAGGCAUUGAGAAAAGAGAUCAACGAUCGCGACGAAUAUGACGAAGACGAUAGCUUUUCCUCGGAGAACGCAGAAGCGAAUACAUCGUCGAGCCUCGACAAGUCAAACUCUACGAGUCCCACUGAAUCACAGGCCACUAGUCAGAGUAGUGUUGACCUCCUUUUCGAGAAAUCUCCGAGCGAAAAAUCCGAAUGGACACCUCAACGACCACCUGAAGUCCUUGGAGAACUGUUAGAGUCAAGGUACAUGUUGCCGCUCACCUUACCGUCGGAUCGACGUAUGCUAUCUGCCGUAGCCUGGAAAAGGCCUGAUCAUGAGCACGCACUGAAUACUAAUAGCAAUGGCAUCAAACGAGGAUCUCUGUUACAAGACGGAGUGCGUAGUCUUAGUCGCACACGACCGAGCCGUCGACGCUGUCUUGACUGGACAACAAGGGCGAGGCGAAUGAGGCGCGUCGGAGUCGAGCUGCUGGACUGCAUUGAUGGCCCGGCGUGGUCGGGUCGUUGGGCUCGGCACGCAGAAGCCAAUGGACAGGAUGACGAGAUGACGGAGGGCAAUAAAUCUCGUCGAGGUUCCUUAGAUGGUACCGUAGAUGAGGAUGGUGAACAACUAAAUCACCUCCAUCUGACGAGAAUGGCCAGAGCAACUUCAUCUAGGAGCAGGCAAGGUCGAAGUUCUACCGGCUAG